GCAUUUAGUUAUUUAUACUUAAGACAUUUUUUGUCCUCCUUAGCGUUCAUCAUACUACGACUGAUCCUGUUUAUUUUGUACACGUUCGGCUCCGCCCCUGCAGACGCGCCGAUAUCACGCAGUUGCGUAAUUUGACGAAGGCAGCGCAAAAAAAAAAUAGAGGAGAAUGAACGUUUGACAGCCGGCUCUUUUGCUCGCGCGGAUCCUGUCGAAACAAUAAAAAGAAAACACAUAUGCUCGAUUUAUUUGCGAGCGAGAUUUCGAAUAGCACCGCCGAUUUCUAAUGGCCGCUGCCGUGAGGAGUCACGUUUGGGUCGCUCCGGGGCAGGACGCGCAGUUUCUCCACAGCUGCGUCGCGCCGCUGCCAGCCGACUGCGUGAGAGGCGAAGAUCUCGGGCAAGCGGUCUGUCGCACGAGGGAUAUCGUCCCGGGAACUUCCUCUUUCCACGAUUAUAAUCUGUUUAAAUCAGAGAUGGACAGCUACCUGUCCCCGCACCAGCAGUACGCAGCCAACUCCAAAACGCUGUGCAGGGACAUGGGGACCCUUACCGCGCCGGAGCCGUCUUUCACCGAGGACCUUGGUUCCCCGUACAGCGUCAACAUGAGCCUGCUCCUUCCCGACGUCACGUACCUGCAACCGGGUCUCUGCAGGGCUGUGAGACAGAUCAAAACGGAGCCGUCGCACCCUCAGAUGCGGCACAGCUGUCAGGGUGACAGAGCGCUGCCACCGCCACUCCCAGAGUACCCGGGUGGUUUCGGUGCAGCCAACGGUAGAUCUUUUAUCAAACAGGAAGUGACAGAUUUCCAGGAUGUCCCCCUGUUUCAGCUUCUGAACUCUGACAUGGAGCAGCUCGUUCAUCGGUCCCAGCUGAGGUCCAUCCCCAGGGCCCCUUUGAGUCUUCCAAACGGCCAUGCGGUCCCCGCGCAGAAUUCUGCCAAACCCACAAGCAGCCCUCAGCGUGAGUGUUUGCCAUUUAAUCCGCACCCGGGCCAUCAGCGGAGACGGACCUAUCUGCCGCCCUCCCCGCCAAACUCGGAUCCCCCGAGUCCGGGAGGGGGCAAGGAGCCCCUUCACAAUCUGUCCCCACCUCCCUCCUACGAAGCCAGCGUCGCCUCCAAGUUAACUUUUCAGGCCCGUCGUAAUCCCGCCGAUACAGGACGCGCACCUGGCGCAGCUCCAAUCCAAAACCCAGACCAGAGUUCCAGCAUCGGAUCAGUCCAAAGCCCCGGUCCCAAGCCAGUCCAUCUCUCAAGCCUGACGCCCGGCCCGCUGUCCCCGGUGUUGGCCCAGGCGGCUUCCGCUAAGUACAACAGAAGGAAUAAUCCGGAUCUGGACAGAAGGCGGAUUCACCACUGUGAUGUUUCAGGAUGCAAGAAAGUAUACACCAAGUCUUCUCAUCUGAAAGCCCAUCUGCGGACCCACACAGGAGAGAAACCGUACCAGUGCUCCUGGGAGGGAUGCGAGUGGCGCUUCGCCCGCUCCGACGAGCUGACUCGCCACUUCAGGAAACACACCGGGGUGAAGCCUUUCCAGUGCACCGUGUGCACCCGCUGCUUCUCCCGCUCCGAUCACCUGGCCCUACACAUGAAGAGACACCAGAGCUAGAAACCCUGCUCCAGCAAAAGCACCGCCAAUCUUCUUUUCUUUUUUUCUUUUUUUAUAUUUCGCAAGAGCAGGCAUAUCAGAAAUCAAACAAAUUCAAAACUGUGGAUUAAUUCACUCACUCCCCCCGUGGGGAGACAUUGGUAGCAGUGCUGGCCUGCACGUAAUUGUUUCCUUUAUUGUAAAAAAACAACGUUACAAUCGCCUUAUUUUAUUUCCACGCAUCCACCCCCAAUAUCAGGGGACAUUUGCAAAGAUGUCAGUGACAAAAAUCAUUAGCCAGAUGUAACGACGAAAUUAUAUUCAUGCACUGCAAAGUACGCGGACAACUUCAAAUGUCAGCAUUUUAUUUUUCAAGUUUUAUCACAUAUCGUAUCAACACGGUGUCAACUAUUUAAUUCAUGUAAAAAUAGCAAACUACAAUUCUGUAAGUGCAGAUGUAGGAUCACUGGAAGGUCCAGAGAACAUGUUGUUUUAGUCAGCAUGGUCAAAGGGUAGACUGUAUGUGUGUAAUAUAAGAAGUAAAAGCAGUCAUGUGUGGAUUAUUUAAAGACACAGUAGGAGAAAUAAAUAGUGGGAGGAGCCGUGUGGCGAGCGACUUCAAACACUUUUGAGGAUCCUCGGAACAAAAUCUACAUUUACUCAUAACACUGAAAUGGAAGGAAGAUAAUGGGUGCGAGAUGUUAGAUCCUAUUCGUAUUGGACAGCAUUAUGAAUGUUCUGUAUCUAUGCUCCCACUACAUUGCAACGUAGAUACUGUCACAACAGAAAGUGUUAAAUAUCUUUCAGGUGGGCGCAGAGAUAAAUAAUAAAUGGUGCAUUUUGGGUUUCAGGACUUUCAAUGGUACGCUGCGUGUUUUUUAUUUAAUGGUCGAAGAGGUUUUUUUUUUAAACGGGUCUUGUUUCGUCCCAUGUUGACUUCAACCAUGUUGUACACUGAAAGGUGGUGGAGGAGCAGCUCUGAGUGCAGCGUGACAUGCCAGCAGCAGCUGUCACGAUGGACACAUUCAGUCUCGCUCGCCUCGAGACUUUAACUCUGCUGCAAACUGUGUGUCGGUACCUAACAUAACAGGAUUAUCAUGUUACUGAUGAUUUGUCUUCAAAGCGAUGUCUUAGACUGAGCACCUGCCAGUCUUAACAUCUGUGUUUAGCUUUUGGUUUCUUUGACUGCGAUCCACGUAUCGAAAACAACCUUUUAAGUGCCUUUAACUGAUUGUUUCUUCUUUUUUUUUUUGAGGGGUGGACGAAUGAAAAACCGAGCAUCCCCGUUGGGACACUGUUCUUUUAUCAGGUACUCCGCUUAAACGAUUGUGUGUGUUAGCUGCCCCUCCAUAUUUUAUAUAUAUAUAAUCUGCUGUUUAAGGAUACAAUCCAUUGAUUGUCUUCGGGUGUAUAAAGAUUUUUAACUUUUUUUUUUUAAUAGCAGGGACUGUUUAAUAUUAUUAAUAUUUUUUCAAAGGCUAAGAAGGAUCAAAUUUUAGAAUAUUGCUACAGUCUACACUGUUAUCACUUUCUCUAGCUCAGCGGGAGGAUGUGCCAGAGAAUUGUUGCAAUACUUUUUAAAAUAGAUAUGUACACGUAUUUUGGCAUGAAGAUGAACGUUGUGUCCUAGCUUCAUAAGAGCUAGCGUAAAUUGAGCAAAAUGUGCUAUGAAGCCAAUGCGACCCUUACAGUACAAAGAAAAGUUUUGUGUUGAAUAUUGCUUUUUAAUGUCUGUUUUAAAAAAAAAUAUAUAUUGUUAAAUAUUUUUUUUUCUACAUUAUUACUGUGUUCCCAUAUUACAUUUGGUCACUUUUAGAUUGUAAGAGACUACAGUAAUGUUUAUCUCGUAAAAGUUAUUUUCAGGUGUUUUUGAACACCUGCUGCAACAGCUUACUGAUGUGGAUUAGUUAUCAGUAAGGAUAUGGAAAAUAGAUUUGGCAUUGUUUGUCAUUUUUUCUUAACAGUUUUUGCAUUUUGUAUGAAAAUAGCAUGUAUGUAUGAAUUAUGCAAUUUUUUUAAAAGUUAGUUAAAAGCUACAAGUUGUAAAUUUAUUAAAGACCGUUCUGAAGGAGGACUGCUAGUAGACCACUUGUAAAGAGGAAACAACCGAACGGAACAGAAAUUGAUAUGGAAAAUGUACAAAAAACUCGAUAAAUAGAUGUCUGCUCGAGUUCUUUUUGUUUGUUCUUUGUGGAACAGCGACACGUGAUCUGUUCUCAGGAACUUUGUGCGCUUCUUCUUAUCCUCGACAAUUCUGUGCAAUCCAAACAAAACACAGUGACUUUUUUUCCCCCCUAAUUGCUGGAAAUUGUCCCUGACAUGAGUUACGGCUCAAAGCAGAGGAGUUGUCUGAGCUUUUCCUGAGCGCGGAGGAAGUUCCCCCGUGGAGACUGUUACAAUAUCACUCUUAUCCACUAACGUGCUUCGCUUUGCUCCUACAGUACAUGCCGGCACAGUACACAGGCUCCCGUGAGCGAUAAAUCACACUUGUGAUGUAGUGCACACCGAAUAUGCUAAGCGCGGUGGGAAUUGAAACCUUGUUAUUGUAAUCAUCGGAAUCCUUUUGCCGUCUGACAGAGACAUUCAUCCAGAUCCAGAUAUUACAGAGCGCCGUACAGGAUGUGCGCUUAAACUCUUAAAACAUACCGGCUCUUAGAAUACCACUCGGCGCAGAUGAUAACAAAGCAAUGCGAUAUUACACAGAGGAUCAGAACGUUUUAAUGUGUGCGAUUGAGGAUUUUCAGGUUUUACGUGGAUACUGUGAAUUAAAAAAUAAGUAGCGACGGGAAGUACUCUACUCUGUGUACGAGCUACUGUACCGUAUAUAUCAUACAGAACUUCAAAUGUCUCCCCUAAUACCAAGAUUAGGUUCCUGAAUGCCGGAGAACGUGAGUAAAGGACUCAGAUGUCAUCUGCGACACGGAACCCGCAUACCAUCCAUCUCAGUCACAGACAGCAACCAGCUCCCACGCCAGUGUGUUACAUACAAAAUGCAACUUUAUUAACCUUCAUGCCUCCAUUCAUAUUAAUAUACAUGUAUAUGUUUGAACUUAUUUUAAUUUCACAGCUCCAUCCAUAUGAAAAAAUACAGAGAGAAAAAAAGGCAAAACACUGACUGGAUACUUCAACAACUCUUGGAGAAAAAAAGAAAAGAAAAGCGUAACAGAAAAAAAAAAUAAGGACACCUGUUCUUGAAGUUUUGAAAAAUAUCAGGAUUAAAAAUUUAUUUUACAGACGUGGAAUUCCGUGAGCAGAAUCUCCUUUUUGAAGUGACGCUGAGCAUUAUCACAUUUUUUGAAUUCAUUUUUUUAAUGGUUUUUUUUUUCCCGGUAAGAAUGAAAAGAUCUGAAUAUAUUUACACUACACUCACUUUACAUAAAUACAGGAACAACGAUUACUGUACGUAAUAUCAGAAAACUUGAAAAAACAUAGGCUUCACUACUUAAAUCUUCAAAACCAGAAAAUCAGAAGCAGAUGUUACAACAGAAAGUCAAACUAGAUAUUGAACCGAUGGAGAAGAAGUGUGUGUUCGUGAACGAAGGCGCCGCUCUGCAGAUUUCCUCGUCCUCCAUGUUAAAUUCAUGGGAUGGAGCUGAAGCAUCGAGAGGCCUUCGCCACUCGGAUCUGUUCCCCUAAGAGGAAGUGACUUAUUGCGAGCAAAGCAAUAACGCGUCCUGUGAGAGUGUUAUGGGAGGAUGCUGCGUUUGACACAAUGGCGUAAGGCUCAGUGCGAGGAGAAAGUUCAACAUUAAAGGUCCCGCUUGCAUAAUGUCGUCAGUGUUUUUUGUUUUUUUUAUUGUCCAAAAUUUAUGCUUUCCCCAUUGGAUGUUUAUUAAUUUGAGCACGUGCGUUGAAAAAAAAAAUCCAAACUGCACAGAGCAGCUGAUAUUACAAGUUGUGCAAUAUGAGGCACUAUUCAUUAUUAUUGCAUAACUUUGACCCUGGUUACCGUUACAAAAUUAUGCUUUCAAAUGAGGAGAGGGAUGCUGGAGGGAAAUAUAACACACACCCUGUCCCGCGGAGACGCCGAGUUCAAGUCCAAUCGAAUCGAGCAAAAAAACUAAAAAAACUGGCGUGUUAAGGCAUGCAACGUCGUACACUGAAUACCAGGGUACGCGUGUCGUUGAUAUGUGCUUGAUCAAUAUCAUUUCUUGUCCGGGUAUAGCAAAAUAGCAAACACAGGGAAUAGAGUACCUUAAAUACGGUCAAUGUGUAUAUAAAUAAUUUGUUGAUUAUAGCAAACACUGGUUCAGCCUUUUGAGAGUACAAAUGAUUUGAUCAUGAACUUAUUGAACCACAAACUGAAGAAAGCAAACCGCUCUGUGGCAUCACAUGUAGUAAUUUACAAGACGGACACCAUUAGCCCCAUUUCACUGUAUAUCAAAUUAGAUAAAUUACAGUCUCUGGAAAAAAAAGACUUUACACGUAUAAAUGUAUUUCCUGCAUCUACUAAUCAAAAGCCCUAUUUUUCCAACGUAUAUACAGGCUGUAGAACUUUGUAAUAAGUUUCAUCUUCACUGUCACAUAUAUUACAACAUUUCAAAAGAUCCUUUUUACAGAAGAAGAAAAAAAAAGAAGUUAUAUGCAAAAGGAUGAAGGGCCCCUCAGUAAUAAAAUGUUCU